AUGAACAAUUCGUCGAUGGUGGAUAGCCGUUACAGUGCACCAGUAAGUCAGGCUGUCAUCAUUGCUGACAUCUCCCUCUUGACCACUAGUUUUCUCGCAGGGACGUUUGGAAAUGGACGCGUAUGUAUUCUCUAUUGGAAAAACAAGGGUCCGCCUAAAGCUCCACAAGUACUGUUUGCCAAUCUUUCAGUGAUUGGAUUUCUUUCUUCAAUAGUUUGCAUCUUUGGUUGGUUACUCCUGGUUGUGAUGAACUAUAUUGUUAAAUUUACGGUGCCGGUAGUGUUAUGUUUCUUGAUCGUUCCGUUUGCAUUUGCCUUAGUAAUACUAAAUGCUAUCUGUUUAACGCUCAUGGCAAUCAGUCGACAGGAUUGUGUCCUACGUCCCUUUAAUCAACGUAUAACCCAACAGAAUGUUAAGAAGGUUAUUUUUUUUUCAUGGUUUCUUGUUUUAGCUCUGACCUUAGCUUUUCUCUUCUUUGAAAUAUUUGCAAAGGAGUCAGUCUGCCACAAUUUUAAACCGUACGAUCUUCUAAACAAACUGUCAAGCAGUAACAGUUUCAUUCUGUACUUUAUAGCUACUUCUACGAGUUUUAAUGUUGCUGCUCUUCUAACCAUCGUAAUAACUUUUCUUCGUACUGUGAGGAAAUUACGCUCAUCGAUAAUCCCUCCCUCAGGAAGUGUUCAAAAUCGCACAGAGAUGCUAAUAAGAAAGUUCACUUACAGGGUAUCCGCUGUGUUUGCAAUAUGUUGGUUAAUCGGAAUGAUUCCCAACGUGUUGUUUCGAUUUGGAGAAUUUCAAUUUGACAGAAUCAAGGAGGCACAUGCCUUGAUGGUGACAGUUUCUAAAUUUAUGUAUGCCCUUAAUCCAUAUUUGCAUCAAAGGAUGUUGAAUGUUCGCAACACAGUGAUUCGUUAA